UUGCCAAUUCAUUCUCACUCUGACGUUUUUUUUUGCAUUUUCCAUUGUUUUCGAGUUUUAUUUAAAUUUUGAAUUUUUUUUUCUCAACAUGGAUUACCUCGGUAAAGAUAUGCGAAAGCUUCGAAAAGAUGAUAAAGAAGAAGAGAAAAAAGAGAUAAAAACUUUGGAUGAAGGUGAUAUUGCAUUGUUGAAAUCAUACGGAGCUGGCCAUUAUAGUCGAGCCAUUAAAAAAGUGGAAGAAGAUAUUCAAGCAACAUUAAAACGUGUAAAUGAAUUGACCGGUAUUAAAGAAUCAGAUACCGGAUUGGCACCACCAGCUCUCUGGGAUUUGGCCGCCGAUAAACAAACACUUCAGAAUGAACAACCAUUACAGGUAGCACGUUGUACAAAGAUCAUCAAACAGGAGAAUGAAGAACCAAAAUAUAUUAUCAAUGUAAAACAAUUUGCCAAAUUUGUUGUCGAUUUGGCCGAUUCGGUUGCACCUACCGAUAUCGAAGAAGGAAUGCGUGUUGGUGUUGAUCGUAAUAAAUAUCAGAUUCAUGUUCCAUUACCACCGAAAAUCGAUCCUACCGUUACAAUGAUGCAAGUGGAAGAGAAACCUGAUGUAACCUAUACGGAUGUUGGUGGUUGCAAAGAACAGAUUGAAAAGUUACGAGAAGUUGUUGAAACACCAUUAUUACAACCGGAACGUUUUGUCAAUCUUGGUAUUGAACCACCGAAAGGUGUAUUAUUGUUUGGACCACCCGGUACUGGAAAAACACUUUGUGCUCGAGCUGUGGCUAAUCGUACUGAUGCCUGUUUCAUUCGUGUAAUCGGAUCUGAAUUGGUACAAAAAUAUGUGGGCGAAGGUGCUCGUAUGGUUCGUGAACUUUUCGAAAUGGCAAGAAACAAAAAAGCCUGUCUAAUAUUUUUCGAUGAAAUCGAUGCCAUUGGUGGUGCUCGUUUCGAUGAUGGUGCCGGUGGUGAUAACGAAGUGCAACGAACUAUGUUAGAAUUGAUCAAUCAAUUGGAUGGAUUUGAUCCUCGAGGCAACAUUAAAGUAUUGAUGGCCACUAAUCGACCGGAUAUUCUUGAUCCAGCAUUAAUGCGUCCAGGACGAUUAGAUCGUAAAGUAGAAUUUGGUCUUCCUGAUUUAGAUGGUCGAACACAUAUAUUCAAAAUUCAUGCACGAUCAAUGAGUGUUGAACGAGAUAUUCGUUUUGAAUUAUUGGCUCGUUUAUGUCCAAAUAGUACUGGUGCCGAAAUUCGUAGUGUUUGCACUGAAGCCGGUAUGUUUGCCAUUCGUGCACGUAGGAAAGUGGCAACGGAAAAAGAUUUUCUUGAAGCUAUUAAUAAGGUGAUUAAAUCGUAUGCAAAAUUCAGUUCAACACCACGAUAUAUGACAUAUAAUUAAUUAAUUACUUAAUUAAUUAAUUGAUCUAUGUUUUUGUGUGUACAAAAAAAAAUUCAAUUGAAAU